CCUCCCCCAUCCUUAUCAGAAGAGCCAUGUGGAAUGUGCAGGACACACUGUCACCUCUGGCAGCAUCUGCCUCAUAUACUGUGACUGUGUACAGGAGGAGCAGCAUAUUACAUCCCUGGAGCCCUCCUUCCAUGCAUGCUGGAGAAGUCUGAUCAGUCUGGGCUGCUGGAGCAGACACUGUACUAGGGAACUCCUCUAAACUCUCAGAGAUCAUGGGGCACAAGGUCAAGAGGGAGAUUGCCAACUUUUUCUUUGAGUAUGACACCCCUAGGAUGGUCCUGGUCCGGGACAAGAAAGUCGGGCUAACAUUCAGACUCAUCCAGCUUGGAGUCCUAGGUUACAUUGUCGGGUGGGUGUUUUUGUAUGAAAAAGGCUACCAAGAUGUAGAUGACAUCAUCAGUUCAGUCUCCAUAAAAUUAAAAGGACUAGCCGUUACCGAUCUUCCAGGUAUAGGAAGAGAGAUCUGGGAUGUAGCUGACUAUGUGUUCCCUCCACAGGGAGACAGCUCUUUUGUUGUGAUGACUAACUUCAUAAUUACUCCAGAACAACAGAUGGGAACAUGUAAUGAGCUUCCUGAUUUAGCGCCAUGCAAUACCAAUGAAGAUUGCAACGCUCUUUCUUUUCGUCAAAGUCAAGGAAAGAGUGAUUAUCAAGCACUGAGUGAAUCAGGAAUCCUAACAGGAAAUUGCACAGCCGCUGACAACAAGACCAAAUCUUGUGAGGUAUAUGCUUGGUGCCCUGUGGAGAAUGACCACAAUGUCCCUAAGCCCCCAUUACUGAUGCAAGCAGAAAAUUUCACAUUAUUUAUCAAAAACAGCAUCAAUUUUCCAAAACAUAAAGUUGAUAGACAGAAUUUAGUGGAAUCGGUAACCAGUGAUUAUCUAAAGAAAUGUAUCUAUGACAAACAUAAAGACCCACUUUGUCCUGUAUUUCGACUUGGAUAUAUUGUGGAGCAAACAGGACAGAAGUUCAGUGACAUAGCAUAUAAGGGAGGGACCAUUGGCAUUAUAAUUGACUGGCAGUGUGAUCUGGAUUGGCCAUUGAAACACUGUAAACCCACAUAUAGUUUCCAUGGACUCAAUGAUGAGAACUCGGCCUCACAGGGCUUUAACUUCAGACAUGCAAGAUAUUACAAAGAUAACGAUGUAAAUAAAAGAACUUUAUUUAAGGUCUUUGGUAUUCGCUUUGACAUCUUAGUGAAUGGAGAGGGAGGAAAAUUUAAUAUAAUCCCAACAAUGACAACAAUAGGUUCAGGAAUUGGUAUUUUUGGAGUGGCAACCGUCGUAUGUGACCUAUUGUUAUUGCACAUCCUUCCCAAACGGAACUACUACAAGGGGAAAAAAUUUAAGCAUACAAAAAAUGAAGAAAAGAACACUAUAAAUAAAGAAGACGGGGUGGGCUAUUCAAAUAACAGUCAACAAGACAACUCCCAAACCUCUGGGAUUCCUGUAGCAACCGCUGCCAGUUAACAUCUAACCAACCUUCAACAACACAGGAAGUUCAACAGCUGGAAAAUGCUCCAUAUUUUGGUUAUCUGGUUUAAAUCAGCACAUCCCUGCUGCAGAAUAAACUUCCUGGCGAAUGCAUACUAGAUAUUUUGGAAGAACUGACUUUAAAAGAGAACUGAAUUAAUAAAGUAAUGCAAACAUAUUUAGAUCCCAAAACCCAAACAGUCCAUCCAAUAGAUGUGCCAUUGGUAUUUUGGGGGUCUCCCUAAUGUGUUUGAUCAGUUCCAUAUAUCUGGAGAGAAGAAUUUUUGAUAUCUGACAAUCCAUAACAAGUUUCGAAAAUAGAAAUGGAUGUAUGUGACAUGACUAACUGCUAUGGUGAACCAUACCGCAUAAGGAUGAAGAUCCAGUUCAAAGAAUAAAUGCUUUUCAUCGCUAUUCUUUCUUUUAAAAGUAACAUCUGUGAGAUGAAGGUAUUUUCCUAUUCAGAAUAUGUUCUGCAAAUUUGUGCCUUCAAUGAAACUUUUUGUUGCUUUUGAAUAACCUUUUGUUUACAGUAGAGGGUGCAUUAUUCCUGUGUAUAUAUUCCAAUAUAUAUAUAUAUUUCAACAUCUUACUAUGCUAGUAACUGGCAAGGGGGAACAAAAUCAGAAACCCUGUAUGUGAAUAUUGAGUAGGGUUUUUAUUCAUUUGGUUUAUCAUAGUGCUAUUAGCACUAAAUGUCAUUGCUAUGAACUUGUUUAUACUGUAUUCAUAUAACACGGCACUAUUUUUCCCAAAGCAAUUUUCCAGGUUGGCCAGUAGGCACCUCCAGUGCUGUGUAUAGAGAAGCGGUGCAAUUAUCUAGUGACUGACCUGAAUCGUAAAGCAGUCUAAAGUACCUAUUCAUGCAAUUGGAAGUGCUUUCAAGACCAGUGGUUGCCAUGGGUAUAGGGGUGAAAGUUUUGGACUCAUGAUACUUGAUUCAUGUAGUUAGCAGUCCCUCAAGACCAGUGGUUGGCAUGGGUAUGGGGGUGAGUAUUUCGGGCUCUUGAUGCACAAGUUAAUAGCUGCAUUUUAAGCGCAGACCUUUAGCUGUUAUUCUUUGCAGGCUGCAUGAAAAAAUAAAUGCUUUUCUCUACCUCACAAGGAAUCAGAACCCCCCGCCCCACACCCUCACCGACACACAUAUACACACACCGCCACAGUUUUCUGGCAUCUUUUUAUAUCCUGUUGUAAUGCUGAGGAUUUGCUAAUGCCCACCACUAGAAUAAGGUCCUGGAAGAUGAGAGACAGGCUUUGCAUCUCUGCAUUAGGUUGAUUAAGCAGACUUGGGGGGGAAAGGUAACAGUUAAUGCUGAACCAUACCUUGCAGUGGGACUAUUCCCUCACUUUAAGGUUUCAAGGGUUAAAUGAUAAUCCAGCUCUAGGGUCAGGGCCAUCUUUAAAAUAGGGCAAAAGGAGCAGCUGCCAGAAAAAAAGUUAAAGGGGAUUGUAAACCCUUGUGGUUUUUCACCUUAAUGCAGUCUAUGUAUUAAUGUGAAAAACCUUCAGUAGUGCUGUAUCCCCAUUGUAAGAUUCACCCGUUAUUCCUGUUCUAGUGACUACUCAAAAUUUAGAUUUUCUUUCACUUCAAUGAUAACGGUCACCAGGAAAAAUAAAGAGGGGACACAGGCAGCGAUAACAACUCCCUCUCUACUCUAAUCUUAUCUAACAUUUAAAAAAUUGCCUUAAAUUAUACUUUAAGAUAAAGUGUAAAACCUAACCAAACACAAACUACAUUUCUAAAGGAUUCCAAUAUUAAUGCUGGAGUUUUUAUAUAUAUAUAU